GCAGUAGUGAAACAGCCUGGGAAGGGGGGCUGGCAGCAUAGGAAGAGGGGCUGGCCUGUUUAAAGUGACGCGCUGCCCUAUAGAAGGCGAUGUUGUAGCCCUGGGCCCCGUUUAAGCUCUGAGAAGGAAAGUCGAGAGGAAAGGAUUGAAGGACAGAAUACAAAAACAAGCAUGGAGGCUGCUAUGAAUCGCGUUCGAAGAGUUUGCUUAGUGUUUCUGAUCCUUCCGGUCCUGAUUUUAAUCUCCCAAUUUCUCGUUUGUAAAAGCGAAACUCAGGAAAGUCCGGUUCCGAAAGAAAAUCUCUUGGUAUUCACUGUCGCCACAAAAGAGACAGAUGGCUUCACGCGAUUCAUGAGAUCUGCAAAUUUCUUCAAUUACACGGUUAAGGUGUUGGGUCUGGGUGAGGAGUGGACAGGUGGAGAUGUGACAAAAUCCUCAGGAGGCGGGCAGAAAGUACGGAUUCUGAAGCAAGCCUUGAAAUCAUAUGCCACAGAGAAGGAACUGAUCAUUCUGUUUGUGGACAGCUAUGACGUAAUAUUUGCUUCAGGGCCUGACGAAUUACUGAAGAAGUUUCAUCAGGCAAAGCAUAAUGUAGUCUUUGCUGCUGAGGGCUUUAUUUGGCCCAAUCACCAUCUUGAAGUCCAGUACCCUCAUGUAAGGGAAGGCAAGCGAUUCCUCAAUUCCGGAGGAUUUAUUGGCUUUGCUCCAAAUAUUUAUGAACUUGUGGAACCCUGGGAUCUGCAGGACAAACAUGAUGAUCAACUCUUUUACACAAAAACAUACCUGGAUCCAAAGAAGAGGGCAAGUUUGAACAUUACUUUGGACCACAAAUGUCGGAUAUUCCAGAAUUUGAACGGAGCACUUGAUGAAGUGGUUCUGAAGUUUGAAGAUAAACGAGUAAGAGCACGAAACAUGGAGUAUAAUUCAUUGCCUGUCAUCAUCCAUGGAAAUGGUCCCACAAAGUUGCAGCUUAAUUAUAUGGGGAACUACAUUCCAAAGGUCUGGACCUUUGAAACUGGCUGCACAGAAUGUGAUAAAGACACAAUAAGUUUGGCAGAAAAGACGGACAGUGAAUUACCUACUGUGUUCAUUGGAAUCUUCAUUGAGCAGCCAACACCAUUUGUCGAGAAUUUCUUUGAGCGUUUAGUGAAUUUGAAUUAUCCAAAGAAGCAACUCCGAAUAUUCAUCCACAACACACAAACCCAUCAUGAGCAGCAUGUGUGGCAGUUUGUAGAGCGACAUGGGGACAAGUACCAGACUGUGAAAGUAGUUGGACCUGAUGAGGAAAUUGCCAAUGCAGAUGCUCGCAACUUGGGGAUUGACCUGUGCCGGCAAGAUGUGACAUGUGACUAUUACUUCAGUGUUGACAUUGAAGUUGUGCUGCAGAAUCAUGACAUCCUGAAACUCCUCAUUGAACAGAACAGACCAAUACUGGCACCACUGAUCAGUCGCCACAAGAAGCUGUGGUCUAACUUCUGGGGGGCACUUGAUGUUGAUGGAUAUUACGCCCGAUCAGAGGAUUAUGUGGAUAUUGUUCAGCAACGCAGAGUUGGCCUCUGGAAUGUUCCAUACAUCUCCAGCAUAUACCUGAUCCAAGGCACUUUGCUUCAAUCAGUCCUGACUGAGAAAGAUCUCUACCAUGCUGGCAGCCUGGAUACAGACAUGGCUUUCUGUCAUAAUAUCAGGGAACAGGGAAUUUUCAUGUACAUCACCAACAGGCAUGAAUUUGGACGCAUUCUCUCCGUUGCAAAUUAUCAUACUGAUCACCUGCAUAAUGACCUUUGGCAGAUCUCUGAAAACCCACAGGAUUGGGAAGACAAGUACAUUCAUGAAAACUAUAGCUCAAUAAUCGAAAACAAGAUCCUUCUACAGCCUUGUCCAGAUGUAUACUGGUUCCCUAUUUUCACUGAACAAGCCUGUGAUGAUAUUGUUGAGGAGAUGGAACAUUUUGGACAGUGGUCAACUGGAGGCAAUAAGGAUAUACGUAUUCAGGGUGGAUAUGAAAAUGUGCCAACAAUUGAUAUUCACAUGAAUCAGAUCGGAUAUGAGAAAGAAUGGCAGAGGUUUUUAAGAGAAUACAUUGCACCUUUAACAGAAGAGGUCUACCCAGGCUACUACACCAAGGCGUUCUCGUUUCUGAACUUUGUAGUGAGAUACAAACCUGAGGAGCAGCCCUCGCUUGAACCCCACCAUGAUGCCUCAACCUUCACUAUUAACGUAGCUCUAAACAGGGCAGGAGUUGAUUAUGAGGCUCUCUUUGACCUGGCCUUUGUAGUUAGAUAUAAACCUGAUGAACAGCCAUCUUUAAUGCCACAUCACGAUGCUUCUACUUUUACUGUAAACAUUGCACUCAACAAGGUUGGAGUUGACUACCAGGGAGGUGGCUGCAGGUUCAUCAGAUAUAAUUGUUCCAUCCAGGCUCCUCGGAAGGGCUGGGCCCUCAUGCACCCAGGGCGACUAACCCAUUACCACGAGGGUCUUCCAACCACCAGUGGCACAAGAUACAUCGCUGUCUCUUUUGUUGACCCUUAAUUAAAGUGUUUACUAUCUGA